UUCCUUUGCGGGACGUCCAGUGAAUGCGGCACCUAAUCCGUGUAUGUUCGGCAGGCGUCGCGUUCAAUUCAGCUGAUGGUUCUCGGGACAUUGUCCGCCAUGUCCCACUCUAUGUCACCGAUGAGUCAAAUUCAGAAGGAAUUUCCAGAAGGACAUGUCGCAUAAUUAUACCAGAACUGUGUCCAAUAGUCAAAUAUUUCUAUCGAAUGCUGCGAAAUCAGAACGUUUUAUUGCACUUGUUUUUCAAAAAUCGGGAUAUUCAUUUGCUAUACCUCAUGGAAUUUCUCUUAGUUAAAUGAAAUUUUACCAGUAGGAUGUCAUCUCAAAAGAAGCCGCACCUUCCCAUUAUAGUGGCUUUGCUUCCAGUGUUUUCUCUCUUCGUUUCGGCCGCCAUAGCAGCGACAGAGAAAGAGACCAUCAUGUUCAAAUGCGGGGACGGCAUUGGAAUUCCAACGGCUAAUAUCAAAGCAAGAUAUCAGGCAAGGAGCAAAGUAGACUGCGCCGUACUGUGUUUAAAUCAUGGAGAUGCGUGUGAGAACAUGCAUUAUAAUCCGUCCAAAACAAAUUCUGUGAACUGUUUUAUCGGGAGUGCAAUCAAUCUCAAGCGAGGGUAUGGGACAUGCACUGGGUUGGUAACCACACCAGGUGUCGUCAGCUUCUACAGGAAAGUUGAAUGUCAGGGCGGCAAUAUCGACAACACCACAGGAAUGUGUGUAUGUCCGCGCGGAUACGGUGGGAAGGCUUGCGCAACCAGGAUAAACGAUUGUUCUGACACCACGGCUACAGAAUGGCACGGUGAGUGGGUCUUCCCACCAAACGCCCCGAAACCGUUUGAGGUUAUGUGUUAUUCGCAAAUAACAUUCCUCAUGAAAAGAUUCGAACUGGCAGCGUCAUUCCUUUUUUUCGUCAGAAAUUGGAAUUCCCAAGCCACGGUCUCUUUCAAUCGUAGCUAUGAAGAUUAUGCAGCAGGUUUCGGUGGUAUCAAAGGCUACGACUAUUAUCUGGGAAACCGGAAAAUCCAUUACCUAACCAACUGGACCAGGAGCCAAUAUAUCUCUCUGAAACUCUACAGGUUCAAAGAUAAAAGCUUCACGAGGUACUACUCCACCAUGAGAGUGCAGAGCGAAGCUGAUAAGUUUCGAAUAACCAUGUCGGUAUUGAGGCGAGGCGAGAAUACUGAUGCAGAUGGAGAUGCCUUCCUAACCGCCGAAGCAGGUCUCAGUAUUGACGGGAUGCCCUUCACCACUUAUGACAAUGACCAAGACAACUGGGCCAAUGGAAACUGCGCUAACGAGUUCGGAGGAGGAUGGUGGUAUAACAAUUGCACCGCAGCGCCUCUGACUGCGGAAAAGUUAAUGAACUCGACCCAGAUAACAGCUGCUGGAGGCCCGGAUAGCGCACUGCACGUUGAUUGGAUGACCCAGGCGGCUGCAAAGAGAUCAAUUGGCAUUUCUUUGAUAAUGUUUGGCCUUUAUACCUUUUAACUACUUCUUUGAAGAGCGACAUUUCGAUCGACGUGUAGUCUGAAACAGUGCAAAUGUGUACUAUUUAGGUGCCCUACUAUCUUUAUGAGGACCGUUAUGUGACUUGGCCGUCUAAUUUGCCUUAAUAUUGCAAGAUAGAAACUAUCAAAAGACUAUAAAGCAGAUAACCAAUUAGAAUAUCGUGGGAGCGACGGCUUUCGUAAAAGACCGACUUUAAUAAUGCAGCUACAAUGUAAAUGCACUUACUUAGUCUCUUCAUGUUGUCAAGAAAUAUAUCGUAGACCACUCUGACCUUAUCAUUACGAUCGUGUAUUACACGGUCUAGUUUUGUCUUAUUUCGAAAAUAUCUUCAAUAAAUAUCA